CUGGAUGUGAAAUUCCCAGUUGAGGAGAAUAAAUAGAGCCAGCAGCCCAAGGAUGGAGCAGUCGGCUUCAUCAUGUCUUCUGGAAGUCUUCUUCUCCUGCUGGGACUCCUCACCCUCUGGGCAGAGCUGACCCCUGUCUCUGGCCAGAAGCGUCCAAGCUUAUGUUAUCUUCCUGCUGAUUCUGGGCCAUGCCUGGCUUAUAUGCCUCGCUUCUACUACAACUCGACUUCACACGAAUGUCAAGGAUUUAUUUAUGGUGGAUGUCGGGGCAAUGCCAACAAUUUUGAGACCAUAGAUGAAUGCCACCGCACCUGUGUUGCAUUACCAACAAGGAGACCCACCAGAAUUGGAACUACUGUUCGACCUUGACCCAAAGAUCCUUCUUCUGUCCUGGACCACCCUGGAGACUCUCCCCCCAAAACCCACCCUGGGCUCAUUCCUUCUCUUCUGCAAUAAAGCUUUGGUUCCAGCUGC